CUUUGGGUAAGCAAGAUGGAGAUGGGACCUGUUCAAAUGGAGACUUUCAUCUAACGCGGCUUCUCUCGAGAAGCCAUAGUCUCCGAAGGACAACUUAUCCGUCUAAAACCCGUCGGCACCACAAUUAUUUAAUAGUCUCUCCUUGGGAGCUUGGAACGGAAAAGAAAGCAAUGGCCAUGAUAGGAUUCUUCCUCGCGUUGGGUUUGUCGGCAGCAGUCCCGGUUCGCGGCCAGCAACCAGGUUUUAUAAGCAUAGACUGUGGGAUUGCUGAAAAUUUCAGCUACAACAAUAGCCUCACGGGGCUUCUAUAUGUUUCUGACGCCCAAUUCGUUGAAACUGGGGAAAAUCAUAAUAUUUCUAAUGAUUUCCAAACAAGUUCGCUUCCAGUGCAGAACUGGAACCUUAGAAGCUUUCCCAAUGGGACUCGAAAUUGCUACACCUUGAAGAAUAUUCAGAAGGGUAACAAGUAUAUGAUUAGAGCCGGCUUUAUGUAUGGAAAUUAUGAUGGCCAAAAUCGAGAACCACAAUUUGACAUAUAUGCAGGAGUCAAUCACUGGGCUACUAUGAAUAUAAACAAUGCAUCUUCUAUCUACGGGACAGAGAUUACGGUUGUUGCUUCUGUUAAUUUUAUAUUCGUAUGUCUCGUGGAUACGGGUUUCGGCCCACCAUUCAUAUCUACUUUGGAAUUGAGGCCUCUCGGGAACGAUCUCUAUAAAUCUUUAAACGAGUCAAGUUAUUUUCACAAUAUUCUACGAUAUGACAUGGGAUCAACUGCUAAUCGGUCUACAAGGUAUCCAGAUGAUGUUUAUGAUCGUAUGUGGUUUGCGACGGCUUUCAAUCCCGCAUGGACUUCGUUAAAUUCCUCUGCAAACAUCAACCACCAGCCAAAUGAUGGCUUCGAGGUGCCGUCAAUGGUUAUGAGGACUGCGGCCGCACCAAAAGACGACGGCUCCAGUCUUCAAAUCCUUGGGGCUGCGCAAGAUGAAAAUUCUCCAUCGAAAUACCACAUUUUUUUGUAUUUCGCGGAGAUCGAGUUACUGAGAAAUCAAUCAAGAAUAUUUGACAUCUAUUUGAAUGGAAAUUUGUGGGUUGAUGCCUUCUCCCCUCGUUACUUGGAGACAGAUAACAUAUUCACUGAAGAGCCUUUGAGCUUCGAACGUUACAACAUUACCAUCUCGGAGGCAGCCGAGUCCACCCUUCCUCCGAUUCUCAAUGCUAUAGAAAUUUAUGAAGUCAAACAAUCGGGAAUGGAGACAGAUGGCGGAGAUGUUGAUGCCAUCAUGGAAGUUAAGGCGUCAUAUCAAGUGAAGAAAAAUUGGAUGGGUGAUCCCUGUGUUCCAACAAAUUUUACUUGGCAUGGAUUGAAUUGCAGCUCCAGUGGUUCUGAACCCCCAAGAAUCAUCUCUCUAAACCUGGCUCAUAGUGGAUUGACUGGAGAAAUAGCUGCUGCUCUUGGAAACCUAGAAUCACUCAGAAACUUGGAUUUAUCAGGUAAUAAUUUGUCCGGACCAGUACCUGAUGCUCUAGGAGAACUACCUUAUUUAGAAUUCUUAAAUUUGUCAAGCAACCAGCUUACAGGAUCAAUUCCUCGUAGUCUUCAAGAAAGAUCUAAAAAUGGAUCUCUUAAAUUAAGUAUUGAGAACAACCCAGACCUGUGUUAUGCAAGUGAUUCAUGUGAAAGGCAUCGCAAGAUUUCAGUUCCAAUCAUCAUAGUUUUAUCAGCAGUUCCUGUAGUGCUGCUAGUGGUGGCAAUCUCAGCAUGGAUGAUAAGAAGGAAACAGCAAGAGCUCGCCACAGUUUCCACUGGAAAACCAGAGAGAGAACUUUGCUCCUCAGGACUUGUCAAAGACAACAAUGGACCAUUUCAAUUGGAGAGUCAGCAAUUCAUAUACAAAGAUUUGGUCAGAAUAACUAAAAAUUUUGAGCGUGCCAUCGGCAAGGGAGGGUUUGGGACAGUUUACUAUGGCGAGUUAGGAGAUGGCACUCAAGUGGCUGUCAAGCUGCGCUCUCAAUCAUCGAUGCAGGGUACAAAGGAGUUCCUGGCUGAGGCCCAGCUCUUGACAAGGGUUCAUCACAGAAAUCUAGUAUCUUUGGUUGGAUACUGUAAGGACGAAAACUCUCUGGCGCUUGUAUAUGAAUACAUGGCACAAGGAAGUCUUCAAGAACACCUAGCAGGUAAAACUAGCAAACCUGGGGCCUUGCACUGGAUUGAAAGGCUGCGCAUUGCACUUGAAGCUGCUCAAGGCUUGGAGUAUCUUCAUAAAGGAUGCAGACCGCCCAUAAUCCACCGAGAUGUGAAGACAACCAACAUCCUUCUCAGUCAUGGGCGAGAAGCCAAAAUAGCAGAUUUUGGGUUGUCAAAGGUUUUCCAGAGUGACACCCUCACUCAUGUAUCUACUGCUAUUGUUGGCACUCCAGGAUACGUUGAUCCAGAGUAUUAUUAUACUUACCAGCUGAAUGAGAAAAGUGAUGUUUUCAGUUUUGGGGUUGUUCUCUUGGAGCUGAUCACUGGCCAGGCUGCCUUACCAAAAAUCCCAGAUAGGGGUCACAUAAUCCAGUGGGUGCGGCCAUGGCUUGCCAGGGGUGACAUAGGUAAUGUGGUCGACAAAAGGAUGGAAGGGCAGUAUGACACUAACUCAGUCUGGAAAGCAGCAGAAAUAGCAAUGCAGUGCACGCUGCCCACCGCGAUUCAGAGGCCUACCAUGAGCGAUGUGGUGAUGCAGUUGAAGGACUGCUUAUCGCUGGAGCUUGCUUGUGAAAGGACCGAGAUCCUAUGCAUGGAUGGCCUAAACAUCAGCUAUGGUGAUUCAGCUGAAGGAGAUGCCGAGGUGAUGAAAGCAACCCUCGGUCCAUCAGCGAGAUAGAUCUCUUGUUCGGUUUCUCGCAUCAAAUGAGUUUCUGGCACAAGUCCGCUAAUUAGUCUGAGUUCAGCCCACAAUUCCUCAUUUCUACCUUUCCAUGUUUGAACAGAACAUAUUCACUAGGUUUCGAUGAUACCACGUUAAAAUCACUAAUUAUUCUAAAAGCUUAAGUUGAUAGGAUGAGAUAAAUUUAUUUAUAUAUUUUAUAUGAGGUAGAUUUAUUUAUAUAUUUUAUAUUUUCUUAUAAUAGGCACCAUGAUGAAAUCUUUUUAGGGUUUGAUUUAAGAGAUCAAGAUUUGUAAUUUCCUAACCCUUUGCAUAGCACACUUGGCGUGCUGCGGAAAUUGUUUUUGAGAAAAGAAAAUAUAUUCAGCACCGACCAGAAAUUUGGUCAAACCUAAAUCUUAGUGGUCACUCCUCACUUGGAAAGGGAUUUUUUGAGCAAAAAGCCUAAGUUUGUUGCUUUGUACCGUGACACUUGCCUCCUCUUCUCCUGAUGGUUUAAUUACUGAGUCUAAAUAUUGAGAUGAUGC